GGAUCAAAUCUGAUUUGACGGAUACCAAUGCGAAAGCCCGAUACUUUUGACUAAAAGGAAACAAUUGAUAUUAUGUGUCAAAGGCUGAAGCUUCAAUACAAAUGAUGGGGUACCCCAUACUGUUGCUCUCUUAUUUAUAUACUUUGCGCUACCCAACGGUAUUCGUCAUUUACCUAGUCUAGUGGCUUUAUAGGCAAUUCAACCGACACACCUCUCAACAUGUUUGAACAGAACUCCCAACUGAAUAACAACUUCAUUGCAUCCAGAUCUCCCUUCUCUCACCCUUCUCAAGGUUCAAACAUUGAAACCAUGCCAUCUCCGGGACCAACGAUCAAGAGGUUCUUUGUCGCUGCCAAAAACGUAAUGACACAGAAAAUGAGGUCUAGAUCCCCCUCUCCAGCUACCAGGCCUUACUUGGCUUUUCCGCCACCUUUAAUGAUCCUUCACGAUAAUGCUCUUCUUUCUCCCGUCUUUACCACGGAUUCUUUGAUAACUUGCGAGGAGGGCUCUGUGACUCAGGUACCAAGCGAGAUCCAUCGGGGUGCAAUUCUUGAGUUUGAACAUCGACUUUUUGGCAGGGAAGAACCUUUGACUCAGAAUCACAUUCAUGUGGUGGAGUGGCUGAAUGAGUCUGAGAUUACAUUCUUCGAGGAGAAGAAGGUAUUGAAUCAUGUGCCCGAGCAUGAAGCGUUUAAUGAUGAACUGUUUUUCACUGCAACUGAGAGUGAAUUGUCUGAGGAUGAAUUACGCAAUGAGGGUGAAGAAUUCAAGGAAAACUAUGGUAUACCCGAGGGGAAUUACAGCGAGUAUUACUGGGAGGCAAUGGUGGAAACGGCCGAUGAGGGAAGAGAUAUUCAGCAGGACCUCGACGAUGUUGUAGUUCGGCUCGCGGUCAUUGGCCUAAUGACACAAGGCCGUAAGGAGACCAGUUCGGCUGUUUCUGCCUUGGGAUUGUUUGAUGAGGAUAGAUUUGAGAAUGUUCCAUCUGUGUUACCGGGUGAGUUUGACGAAGAAGAGAUGGAAUAUAUGCCGCGGGAUGUCAGUAUGAGCUUGGAAGAGGCACAGGCACAGGCCCAGGAAUCUCGAAGAACUUCGUUGAGUUUGAGAAAGACCAUAAGUAACAAGUGGACUGAAGUGAGGGUUAGCCUGCGUUGGAAGAUGUCUAUUUCAUCUUUACAAACGAAAGAUAGUUGAGAGCCAUCAGUAGUGUUCGCGGGAGACUAAGUUUCUGGUAGCUGAACACUGCAUGCAUCGGAUGCGAGCUUUCAAGUUGUCGAAACGGCUACUACGAGUGUUCUCGACGAACACAAAACUUUUAUCGGCACCUCCAAUUUGCGCAAUUAAUGUAAAAAGUUUCCUGAUUCAGGCGCAAUCCAAAGAUUGGUUAAUGUCUGUCCUGAAGAUCGAUGGAAAGGAGGAAUUCCCAGGAUCCAAAGUGGACCAAUUUCAUCUUGAAUGUUUACUGUUUAUACACAUGUAUUUAUACAUUCACCACAUAUACGCAUUCGACAACCCUUAUAUCAUCCUUACUCCUCUUUUAAUGAGCGAGUGGAUUGGGACAUAAAGACAUCACUUGUAAGAUUGCGCACUACACCAGCUACCCUAUAGUCUCUAAAAUGACAAGCGUUCGAUUCCAACUACCCAAGAACUGUCUCUUCAGCCCGCAGCUCUACAUGACCCGGUAACUCACCAGAAACAAACCAUCCACAAGCGAGGGUAAUAACGCUGUACCAUCGGACCCGAGCGUUUUGGCUGUUAAGAUUUUAAUUUUUGAAGCUUCCUUGGGGAGGGGGGAGGUCUGAAAGCGGGAAUUGAGUAAGAUCGUGGGAUUUUUGGUCUCUGGCUGUUCUACCAUUCUUGAGAGUAAUAGAUCCGUAGCUACACAAGCGAGGAAAGAGUUACUUGUAUUCUACAUCGGCAGUUCAAAUGAGGGUCUAUGUAGGAAACCAUGAAACACUCCUCGAGGCGAGGUUUUUAAGAUAUCCUGCUCGGUAAAUUGAAUGCAGAGAUAGUACAUGGUAUACCAUGAAUCCAGUUGUCUUAAAGAAGUUAUCUGUAGAGAUUUGGAAGAUGUAAGAAAUUUGAAGAUUCUUAGGA